UCUAAGCUUGAGAAAAGGUUUCGUUUCUGAUCUGCGACAAACGUCUGCACUCUGCUGUCACACUCAUACUGAGUGAUGUUCCGGCCUAUAUGUCACUGAAAUGCUACAAACCAGGAAACAGGAUGUUGUUCUGCCUCAGUAAAGAGAGACGCACAGACGAUCAGACUGAGUUCAGACCAAACUAGCAGCUUCCUCUGAGUGAGUCCAGCUACAGGAGAGAAAAGUGGAAAACUCCAACACUGCUGCUUUAAGCUGCUGACGCUCCACACACUGAAUCUUCACUCACAGACUCAAUGGCUUCCAGAUCAGAGGAGGAUCUCUGCUGUCCGGUCUGUCAGGAGGUCUUCACAGAUCCUGUUAUUCUGUCAUGUAGCCACAGCUUCUGUAAAGACUGUCUGAAGAGACGGUGGAGAGAGAGACCAACACACGAGUGUCCAGUUUGUAACAGAAGAUCUUCAAGGUCAAAACCACCUUCAAACCUGGCUUUAAAGAACCUGUGUGAGUCGUUCUUACAGGAGAGAGAUCAGAGAGCUUCAGAGGCUCUCUGCAGUCUGCACUCUGAGAAACUCAAACUCUUCUGUCUGGACCAUCAGCAGCCAGUGUGUGUCGUCUGCAGAGACUCAGAAAAACACACCAAUCACAGAUUCAGACCCAUCGAUGAAGCUGCACAACAACACAAGAAGGAACUUCAGGAAACUCUGGAGCCCUUAAAGAAGAAGUUAAAGGUUUGUGAAGAAGUUCAAGUGAAGUUUGAUCAAACAGCAGAACACAUUAAGGUCCAGGCCCGACACACAGAGAGGCAGAUUAAGGAGCAGUUUAAGAAGCUUCAGCAGUUUCUAGCAGAGGAAGAGGAGGCCAGGCUGGCUGCACUGAGGGAGGAAGAGGAGCAGAAGAGUGGGAUGAUGAAGGAGAAGAUGGAGGCUCUGAGCAGAGAGAUAGCAGCUCUUUCAGACACAGUCAGAGCCACAGAGGAGGAGCUGAGAGCUGAAGACAUCUCAUUCCUGCACAACUACAAGGCUGCAGUGGAAAGAGUCCAGCGCUGCCCCCUGCUGGAUGAUCCACAGCUGCCCUCAGGAGCUCUGAUAGACCAGGCCAAACACCUGGGCAACCUGACCUUCAACAUCUGGAAGAACAUGAAGGACAUGGUCUCCUACACUCCUCUCAUUCUGGACCCAAACACGGCUCAUCCAAAACUCAUCCUGUCUGAAGAUCUGACCAGUGUGAGACGAGGAGAUGAACAGCAGCUUCCUGAUACUCCAGAGAGGUUUGAUUAUUCCUGCUCUGUCGUGGGCUCUGAGGGCUUUAACUCAGGGACUCACAGCUGGGAUGUUGAUUUUGGAGACAGUACAUGGUGGGCUCUGGGUGUGUUAGCAGAGUCUGUGCAGAGGAAGGGAUACAUUGAGUCUGGAUUGUGGAGAUUAUGGUUUUCUACAGGUAAAUACUCAGCACACUCACCAUCAGUUAAAACUGAUCUCUCAGUAGAGAAGAAGCUCCAGAGGAUCAGAGUGAAUCUGGACUGGAACAGAGGAAAGCUGUCGUUCUCUGAUCCUGAUACUAACACACACAUACACACCUUCACACACACUUUCAGUCACAGGAUGUUUCCAUACAUUAACAGUGGUGGUAAAGUAAAGGUGUUGCCGGUGAAGGUGUCAGUGGAGCAGAUGAGUUUCAGUUUCUGCUGUCCACCUUUUCACAUGGAAAAUUCUUUCAUGUUUUCUCACUGAAUGACUCCCCAAACUAGAUUUGAAAUUCUAUCAAGCCUCUAAUCAUUACAAGUGAUUCAUGUUUCUAUUUGAUGUGUGUAAAUGGUUGUCUUCUUGUCUGUUUAUGACAACAAUAAAUAUGUUGUUGAAACAAUGAUUCAUGUUUCAACAACAUAUAUGAAAUGUUUCUGAUCUUUGAAUUCUGUUUGAUUAAAGACUUUCUUCAUGACACAAA